UUCUUUGAUGAUCUGAUCUUGCUGACUUGCUCGGGUGAUGAGUGAGCCUGAAGAUUCGAAUGUAGUAGACCAAACCAGUACUACGAGUACUACUGAGCAAAAGUUAGAGUCUCUUAAAGCUUCCUGUGAAUCCUCUCUUCCUCUGGCACACAAGGACAGCCUCAUUACUCUCAUAAAUGAGGCUACCCAACCCGAGACAGGUCAAACCUUAGAAGACUCACUCUCUCUUCUCUUCUCUCAUUUCAACUCUUCCUCUGACUCUUCUCAAUCUCUUGCUUUAUGCUCUGCCUUCAUUCUUGGGUGCCUCUCUGCCCUGGGCUGGGAAAAAGGAGAGUUAGUGGACCAGUUAAAAUCUAAAGCUGAUGUGACCUUUUCUUUGGCGACCUCUUACCCUGAAGUAUGGAGAAGAGCAAAUGAGAUGAAGGAGACAAUCAGAAGAGAUGUUUCUUCGAUUGGUACUGGAAUUGACAUGCCACUCCUCAGUUUUUAUGUCAAUUUGAUUCGUUUGUCACUCUAUAAGACACUCUUGGUCUUACCCACUUCGAAUGAACCAGAGACAUUUUAUGAAAUUUUUGACCGCUUAUUGUCGUUUACUUUGUCUGAAAGUGCUAGCAUCAUUCACUCGAUUCUUUGUUAUUUCGACUGCAAUGAGAAAGAGGUAUCUAGGCUAAGCCCAUACUUGAUACCAGGCUUUGAUUUACAUGCAUCAUAUCCCAAGAUAUACUUUAGAUUAAGGAUUGCAGAGUUCUUGUAUCAUUUGGGAGAGGACGACUGCAAAUUGGCAAUGAUGACUUUCUCUCGUCUCCACUUACAUAAUGAAACCAUUGACAGACAUUCUCCGCUGGAAUUUGUUGGAUUUAUAUUCGAUCGUGGGCAAGCAGAUGUAGCAAAGCUGAACAAGCUAGCAGAGUGUUUUAAUCAGCCAAACUAUUUUAAUAUAUGUUCACAGCAAGAGAAUGGAGGCAAUUCUCCUGAUACUGAUUUCUCGUCGUCAGUCACACCCAUUGAAAGUGAUAUUACAACUCAUCGUGAAGCUACUCCUAGCUCGUUAAAUGAAGUAUCAAAAGCAAGAAUGUUUUUUAUGAUCAGCCGUCAUCAUCCAGAAGAAAGUGACUUGGCAAAGGUGAAUGACUUUAUUUCAGAACAUUUCAGUAUUAAUGCUGAAGAUCCUCCUCCUACAGCACAACAUAGAAAUUCUGCAGUCGUACUACCUACAAAUGACAGUACUGUACAUAGUGCUGCUCCUGACACUUCUAAUACUCCUCUUGUUGUUUCUCAGGAAGAUUCUUGUUGCAAGAGACACUGGAAGAAAAUAGCAUUAAUAAUGACCCUGAUUAUUAUUAUGAUAAUCAUCGCUGUGAUACUUGGAUGUGUUUCUGCUGGAUUUCAUUUGAGUCCACCUUCCCCUAGUAGCUCCUCUACAAUGACAAGUGCUAUUAUAUAUGGAACAAACAUUUAUCCUGUACUCCUUGGUACAUUUGAGAAUACCUGCGUUUACCUGCCUGGUUCUGUAAAUGUUACAUUUGUUUCGGCUGAUAUUCCUCUUAACAUGUCAGUACAUGAAUUAUCUCCUGUCCCGUACGACACACCUGGUCCUAAUAUAGCUCAAUGUGAUGAGUACGAGUACAAUGGACGAGGUGUUCCGAUAAAUUUAGGCCCUGGCUCAAAGCUGGUCUAUAACAUGACACUGAAGCGACGUGAACACAUUACAGAGAAUGAUGAUUGUGUUAGAUUGUAUCUUGGACGUUAUUCUGAGAAGUCGCUAGAUCACGUACUAAAUCUGACAGGACCCUGUAACCAGGAUGAUAGUAUUGUUGCUCACUCUCAGUGUCUCAGAUUAGAGCCUAAUGAGUCAAUGGCUCAUAUACUCGUAGUGUUCAAUAUCACUCGUCAAGAUGAUUAUUAUGUUGUGUAUGAGACCUCUGGUAAUUAUUCAUUUGGAACGGUGAUCACAGGAUCACAGGUGUUCUAUGAUGUAUCAAGGAGUGACAGGGUGUGUACUGCUGGCAAUGGUGUGUGCAGUAUUGGCUCUUGUGGUUACUCGUUUUGGGACUUUCGCUCGUGUUCUGAUGCUAUCAAUGGAUACAAUAAUACAUUUAAUGUAUUGAUAGAGUCCAAUAGUGAUAAAGAUGUUCCUCUUAAUAUUACUAGUGAUGAUGAUGCAUUGCCAACCAACUACUGCAUCAUUACUGCUACUGCUGUUAGCAGUGGGUUAUUGAUAGUUACAUGUAUAUUAUUUUGUUGUUGCUUAAUCUGUUGUUAUGCAGGGUAUUAUUAUUAUAAAAGACAUAGAAACAACUAUGCCUUUUCUUCUUAAACAAUGAUUUUACUACUAGUACUAUAUCUAUAAUUGAUUGUGGCAUUUUUUUAUUUUUAUAUAUAAUUAUCGAA